ACACGCCCUCGCCCUAUUGGGCCUCUUGCCGCCCCCCACCCCAUGGCCGCGCGCCCCCCACCCCAUUCGCCGCCGCCGCUCCCCUCCUCGUCGGCGGCCGCGCCCUGCCGCUUUGCUGCCCGCUAAUCUCCAGCGAGGGCGUGCGAAGGAUCCUCUGCCCAUGACCUGGGCUCCGGCGCCGCGUCCGCGCGCCAAGAUAGGGUUUGCUUCCUGCAGACUGCGGCACCGGUGAGGCGGCAAGGCAAGGCGGCGGCCCGGUCGGGAAGCGAGGGGUAGGGCUCUAGGGCGCGGCUCGCCGUCGGAUGGAAGCCGAUGAGGCCGCGGGGAGCAGCAGGAGGAUGGAUCUGAACCUUUACCUCGGUCUCCCCCGCGCCCCGCGCCCGCGCCGCUCUGACCUCGGCUCCGACCUCGCCCUCAGCACCCCGAUGCCCUCUUCCCCGUCGUCCUCCGCCGCGUCCGUCGACGCGCCGCCGCCGCCGCCGGAGGCCCUGCACCCGCCGUACUCCCCCUCCCGCGCUGACCUCUCCCCUCCGCCGCCAGAGGUGUACUCCCCCUACAACCCCGAGGACUCGCCUGUUCCGGACGCGCAUCUGUACAUGCCACCUCCGGAAACGCUCAUCCCCGGGCUUCAAAACAUGCCGCCUCCAGAGCCGCUCAUCCCCGGGCUCCGAGACGAACUUGGGUACGCCUUCCAGCCGCCGCCGCCGCCGCCGCUGGUGCGGGCCAGCGAACUGCUGGGGUGGGAGGACCGGCCUUCCUCGUCAACGGCCUCCUCAUCUUUCUUCCCAGAAUCUGCCGCCCAGUACAGGCGGCUGCUCGAGCAAACUGGAAGCCGGUGGCUUCGCACGAGACGGUUCAGGUCUGACCUUCCACCCCUCAGCUCCGAGGCUCGCCCCUCUGGGCUGGAUGCCGCUAUACGUAUACCGGCGCCCCAGCAUGAGCCUGCAGCUGAUACUGCUGAAAUAAAUAAGGUGGCUGCCAAUGGCUCAGAAUUAGGUGCCUCGGAAGAGUCCAUGGAGGAGCGCGGCAAGACUGCCUCCACGUUCGAGUGUAACAUAUGCUUUGAGAUGGCAAGUGAGCCUGUAGUCACUUCCUGUGGUCAUCUAUUCUGCUGGCCGUGCUUGUAUCAGUGGUUGAAUGUUUACUCCAACCACAAGGAAUGCCCAGUCUGCAAAGGUGAGGUUACGGAGGCAAAUAUUACUCCUAUAUAUGGUAGAGGGAAUUCGGAUGGAGAAAAGACUCUGGAAGAUGGCAAGCCACAAGGUCCGACGAUCCCGCCAAGGCCACAUGGAAAUCGCCUUGAAAGCUUCAGGCAACAAUUCCACCAUAUGCGACCAAUCUCAAGAAGGCUUGGUGAGGCUCAUGGGAUACUGUCAUCGUGGAGGCGCCUUCUGGACCAGCAGAUUAUGAAUAGUGUGAGUAGGUUUGAAGGCCCAUCUGAAUCAGCUGCGCAGGAAAUAAAUGACAGUGCUCAACAUGCUACUCGCCUAAGCAGGUUGGCAUUGGCCACAAGGAUGAGAGCAAGGCGACUGCAGAGAGAAGCUGAGAGCCACCCUGAUGGUUCCUCCACUAGCCCUGAUACUGGUUUGACGGGAACCAAUGCAUCAGAACCAUCGAGACGUGGUCCAACACCACGUGUAUCAGACAGAUUUGAAUUGUUGGAGCAUCUUACCUAUAUUGGCAUUGCAAACACAGAAAGACUGGCCAGUGCCAUGAGUGACCUUAGAAGAAGUGCCAUAAGUGACCUUAGAAGAAUAGCUUCACCAAGCCAAUUUGGAGGAUCUGCUUCAUCAUCAAAUCCUCAAAAUAAUGAGCCAGCAGUUGAUGGAAUUCAUGUUGCUGGAGCACCUUCUGCAGACCAAGCAUCUAAUUCAAGCACUGUUGCAGUGAUACAGGGGGAUGCUGGUAUCUCAGAGAGUGCUGGAGAACCUAGCAAUGCAGGUUCUUCGAGGUCCCUGAGGAGGAGAGGGAGGAGCAAUGCCUUAGGGUCGUUGGAUGUGGAUGGUGGGGGCCCCCAACGGAACAAGAGGCGCAGAAUGAACUGAGCCCUCUUGAUAUCAAGUGUUGUUCCAAACCUCACUUGGCCUCCGUUGCUGAUUUCAGUCGCAUUUCAUAACUUUGGGUGUUAUCUGCUGCAUUAUAGCAUGUUGUUGUUUCUUCUUUUUACCGGUUUAUUAAUAGGUAUCAGUGAAACAGCUCCUUGCUCAGCUUGCUCUGUAGCCUGUACCCCCUUCAAUUUCAGAAUCGAGUUGUUGUUUUUGCCAUCUAUAGAGGAAAUUUAACUGUGUUGUUGUUUGAAACGAUUUUUGGGUUCAUAGAUUGAACGCUCGAUUCCACA